AUGUCCGACCUCGCGGGCCGCAAAGUCUUCAAGGUCUUCAACCAGGAAUUCAUCGUCGACGAGCGAUACACCGUCACCAAGGAGCUCGGCCAGGGCGCCUACGGUAUUGUCUGCGCCGCGCAGAACAACACUUCCCAAGAGGGCGUCGCCAUCAAAAAGGUCACUAAUGUCUUCAGCAAGAAGAUUCUCGCCAAGCGUGCGCUGCGCGAGAUCAAGCUGCUGCAGCACUUUAGAGGCCACAGGAAUAUAACAUGCCUCUACGACAUGGACAUCCCCAGGCCGGAGAAUUUCAAUGAGUGCUACCUCUACGAAGAACUCAUGGAGUGCGACUUGGCGGCCAUUAUCAGGUCCGGCCAGCCGCUGACCGACGCCCACUUCCAAUCCUUCAUCUACCAGAUCCUCUGCGGCCUCAAGUACAUCCACUCGGCCAACGUGCUGCACCGUGACCUGAAGCCGGGCAACCUGCUGGUCAACGCCGACUGCGAGCUCAAGAUUUGCGACUUCGGUCUUGCGAGAGGUUUCUCGAUGGACCCGGAGGAGAACGCCGGAUACAUGACCGAGUACGUCGCGACGAGAUGGUACCGCGCGCCGGAGAUUAUGCUCAGCUUCCAGAGCUACACCAAAGCCAUCGAUGUCUGGUCUGUGGGCUGUAUCCUCGCCGAGCUGCUCGGCGGCAAGCCCUUCUUCAAGGGUAGGGACUACGUCGACCAGCUCAACCAGAUCCUGCACUACCUCGGCACGCCCAACGAGGAUACGCUGUCGCGCAUCGGCUCGCCGCGGGCGCAAGAGUAUGUGCGCCACCUGCCGCGCAUGCCCAAGGUGCCCUUCGCCUCGCUGUUCCGCAACGCCAACCCCGACGCGCUCGACCUGCUCGACCGCAUGCUGGCGUUCGACCCGUCGUCGCGUAUUUCGGUCGAGGAGGCGCUGGAGCACCGCUACCUGCACAUCUGGCACGACGCGUCGGACGAGCCGUCGUGCCCCACGACGUUCGACUUCCACUUCGAGGUGGUCGAGGAGAUACCCGAGAUGAAGCGCAUGAUUCUGCAGGAGGUGCAGAAGUUCCGGCAGAUUGUGCGCGUGCAACCGCAGGUCGGUGCACCGGGCCAGGCAACGCAGCCGCAGGUGCCCAUCCCAGAUAAUUACGACCCCAGGGCUUACGAGGACCCGCGCCCGCACGAGGCCAACGCCGCGAUGCGCGACGCGGGCUUGGAGCAGGAGCUGCAGGCCGGCAUGGACAGGAGAUGA